GAGCCGGGCCGGGAGGGGCCGGGCCCCGCGUCCCCGCGUCCGGGCGUUUCCCCGCCGGCCGCUGAGGCGCCCCGGGAUGGGAGGCUGCCCGCUGCCGCGGGGGCUGCCCGGCUUUGCCCCGCGUGCCGGGGCUCGCUGAGGCCCCGGGCUCGGGCUUUACCCCCAGGCACGCAGCGACUCGUGCAGCGCUUGCAGCCAUCGGGGCUGGCUCGGGAAGCCGUGACCGCGGGUCUGGCGCCUGCAGGACGGGCGGCCCGCGAGGAGGCCCAGCACCGCGACCGGGGCUCUGACACCGUCCGGCGGCAGCGGCCUCACCGCGAAUUCGGCGGACCAGAGGAGCAGUGAAGCGCCCGGAUCCUGCGCUGCUGUGGUCCCAGCCUGGCCGUUUGCUGUCCCCGUGCCUGAUGGAUCCAGCGCUGGCUGGGGACGCUCCUCACGGUGAUCGGCUGAGCCCGGUGCGAGAACACUAGUGGGACGUGAGUGCCGCGCUGCAAGGGAGAGGUCCUGCCAGAAGAUGGCUCAGGCCACCGGGAGCAUCAACAGUGACUACAGGGACUGGGAGUGGAGCGCCGAUGCUGGGGAACGGGCCAGGCUCCUGCAGAGCCCCAGCGUGGAGACGGUACCGAAGAGCGGGGAGAGCCAAGGCAGCGGCCUGGGGGCCACGUCCGCGCUGGGCGCCGUGUUCAUCGUGGUGAACGCCGCCCUCGGGGCUGGGCUGCUCAACUUCCCCGCCGCCUUCAACAUGGCCGGCGGCGUGGCCGCGGGCAUCGCGCUGCAGAUGUGCAUGCUGAUCUUCAUCAUCGGGGGCCUGGUCAUCCUGGCGUACUGCUCGCAGGCCAGCAACGAGCGGACGUACCAAGAGGUCGUGUGGGCAGUGUGCGGGAAGGUGCCGGGCGUGCUGUGCGAGGUGGCCAUCGCCGUCUACACCUUUGGCACCUGCAUCGCUUUCCUCAUCAUUAUCGGAGACCAGGAGGACAAGAUCAUCGCUGCGCUGGUGACAGAGCCUGAGGAAGCGGGGAGCAGCCGCUGGUACACCGACCGCAAGUUCACCAUCAGCAUCACUGCCUUCCUCCUCAUCCUGCCCCUCUCCAUCCCCAAGGAGAUCGGCUUCCAGAAGUACGCCAGCUCUCUGAGUGUGAUUGGCACGUGGUACGUCACUGCCGUCAUCAUCAUCAAGUACAUCUGGCCCGACAAGGAGCUUGUGCCUGUGGAGAUCCCCACCAGCCCCUCCACCUGGAUGGCUGUGUUCAACGCCAUGCCCACCAUCUGCUUCGGGUUCCAGUGCCACGUGAGCAGCGUGCCCGUCUUUAACAGCAUGAAGCAGCCGGAGGUGAAGACCUGGGGAGCGGUGGUGACAGCGGCCAUGGUGAUCGCUCUCUUUGUCUAUACAGGCACUGGCGUCUGCGGCUUCCUGACGUUUGGGGCCAGCGUGGACCAGGACGUGUUGCUUUCCUACCCUUCCGAUGACAUCCCCGUCGCCCUCGCCCGGGCCUUCAUCAUCCUGUGCGUGCUGACGUCCUACCCCAUCCUGCACUUCUGCGGCCGGGCCGUUCUGGAGGGCCUCUGGCUCCGCUACACCGGGGUGACGGUAGAGGAGGACGUGGUUCGGGAACGGAGGAGGCGCCUGCUUCAGACCAUCAGUUGGUUCCUGCUGACUCUUCUCUUGGCUCUCUUCAUCCCUGACAUCGGAAAAGUCAUCUCCGUCAUCGGGGGCUUGGCCGCCUGCUUCAUCUUUGUCUUUCCAGGGCUCUGCCUGAUUCAAGCCAAACUCUCCGAGAUCCAAGAAACCAGGGCAGUCAGCUGGUGGGCCCAGGUCAGCUAUGGGGUGUUCAUGGUCACCCUCGGAGCCUUCAUCUUCGGACAGACCACUGCCAAUGCCAUCUUUGUGGAUCUCACAGCCUGACGCCUUCUCCGGGCUGGGCUGGGCUGCUGCCACGGGGAAGCAGAUUUCCUGCUCCAGGACCAAGGGGGAGUGGGGAGAAAAGAUUUUGGUAUAUUGGGAGCAUCCAUGAAGAAUGUUGAAAUCUGGGGCUUUGCUGAAAGAGCCCUGCAGGGACUCGUAUCUCACUGUCUUAACGCACCAGGCAGUCAGGUUUGCCUCCUCAGUCCUGACUCUCUGGUGAAGCCGGAGCAUCACUACAAGGAGACCUCGGACUCAGCGGAGAGGAGCGCCGUGACGGUGGAGAUCAGCGCUCGCUCCGUGCUGACAUCCAGGUCAAAUCCUUUCUGCCCCUCCGGGGUAGACAUCACUAAGGGAUCACGUUUGGGGUUUGCACAGGAAAGCACACUCUGUGUCAGGGGAACUCCUCUCCAGCACUUUGACAGCUUAAUGUCCUUGUUUUCACUACAGUGUUGGAGGGAGACAGCGUCUUGCAUAAAGGGAAUUAGUAAUCAUGCUGUAACUUGCCAUCGGUGAGGGUGUGCCGUGGUCAGAAUGUAAAACAAAUGGUGCCUCUGCAAAAAGGGAGAGUUCUCCUUUGGCAGAAAGCAAAGGCCGCUCUGCCCCACUGAGCAGUGGUGGGCCCCAGCUGAGUUCAGUAAUCUGGAAAGCAAACAGGUUUCACUGCGCAUGAGUGUGGCAAUUCCUCCACCACCUUAUACCCAGUAGCUUAGACAGGGCGACAGCCCUGUAGUCCUCUUCUGUGUCAAGUGUUUGGUUCGGUUUGAAUUUUGCUUUCCUGUGGCUCAUCUCGCCAGUCUUCUGUCCUAGCUCAGUGCUGGCAGGGGUUCCUCUUCCAUUUUCCUCUGUCUGGAUUGCACUUUCCGUUUGAAAGUGGGAACACCACACUGAGCCUGGUUUUAACGUGCUGUUGGAGGAGGAUCAGGAGGACACCGGGUAGCGACAGGCCGGUGCAAUGUUUACACUGCCAGCCCAGCCUCCUGGCAGGGGCUUGGUACUCACUAGAGAAGGUGCUGUGACUGCAUCGACCUGCUGGAGACACUACGCUAGAGCUGAGCUCAUCUCUGAAUUUCAAAUCCUGUUCUUCCGGGGUGGGUGUCCAAGGAAUGGGCCAGGUGUAGGUUUUAAGGGAUGCUUCAGGGAUAAAGCAGUCGGCGUUAAUCCAUUUUACAUUGUUCCCUCAGUUGUUUACACCAUAUCUGGCUGUCGUUGCUCUGGGCGGUUUCUGCUUAGCCUUUCUGGAAAGUUUCACUUCUGCUCCUUGAUCCUUCUCUGGGUUUAGCAGUUCCUCCAGCUGCAGAUUCGGCUGGGGGUAAUUAAAUCUCAGCAGUCAACUGCUCUUGUUCAGACUUUAAAGUCCCUUGAUACUUGGUUUUUACAUCCCUGGGGGAGAGAGGGAUUGAUGUGUAAAUAUCCUUGUACAUGUCUCGGAGCAGUGCUCCCAGGUGUGGGACCUGGCCCAGCCCGUUGUGGUGGGAAGGUGAAUCGUGACACGUUGACGUAGCCCUUACUGCGUUCCUUUCCCUCUGUGACCAGCCGGCGGUGGGUGAGAGGACAGCACAUGGGCACGUCCUCGUGGCAGCGUGUGACCUCUCCCUACCAGUGCUUGCGGUGUAUAAAUGUGCUCUGACAAGAGGUGGCUUCAGCCUGGCUGCGGCGUUCAGCAGCUCCCAGGCAGCGCAGUGGGGCUGGCCCCACUCUGGCAGGCCCGCUGCGCUUCAGGGAAAGGCUCUUCGCCCCAAUGCAUGUUUCUUCCCAGAUCCCGCUCUGUAAUUUGAGUAUUCCCCGCCACUCUUUGAGAUAAGAGGGGGAAAUCCAGAUGGAGAAUGAGAAAGAAACCCCAAAUAAAUUGUUUUGAGGGACUAUGUGAAGUACUGUGUCCCUCAAGCUCCUCCAAGGUAGCUCCAACCACUGCGCCCUCAGCUUUGACAAGAACAGACUCCAGCAGACCCCCCAUUUGUGUCACCUGUGUGCUUGCCUGGGAACAGAGAAGUGUUUUGCUGUGCGGAGCUCUCUAGAGCUUGAGGGAGGACAGAGGAUGCGGUGUACGUGAGCAAACACUUUGCUUCUGCAGGAUGAGAACAAGAGGUGAAAGGAGCCGUGGGGCCUGGGGUUAAUGGGUGUCAUAUAGGCCAUCUGUGCUCCACACGGGAGUGCGAACAUUGCAGGCACAGGCUGCUCCCAAUGCUUCUCCUGGCUCCUGCCUAAGGGCAGGAGCUCGAAGAACUUUUUGGUGUUUAAAAAAAAAUGUGGAUGAGCAUCCUUGAUGGCUCUGUUGGGUUUGCAUUAACAGCAGGAGGGCUCUGAGCAGGAAGGAGAGCCCAGGUGCGGGGCUGGGGUGCUCACCGGGGACUUUGGUCUCGAAAACCCGGCUCAGCAUCACCUUGGGCUGCAGCUGGGCUACAGGACAUGUGUUGUGUCUCCGUGGGAGUGCAGGUAACCAGAGAUGCUGCUCGAUUUCCUCUCCCCGAGCCUGGUCAGGUGGAAGUGGCAGCAGCAGCACUCAGCCACAGGUGCCCCGUGUCUCUGUUUCCCACCUGCGCACACGGGGGACACCAGGCCCUGUCAUCCCACGUCCCCGUGUCUGAGACCCGGGGUGCCUGCGGCCCUGGCAUGGGGUAACACAGGGCCGUGGCCGUUUCUCUGUCUGCCUUACCCCUCCUGUGACUGUUUACAAACUCUGGCCUUUGUACAUCUUUUCUACCUGUGAACGCGGAUGACCUCAAUAAACGUGCAGUUGUGGUG